AUGGCGAUACCCAGAGUCAACGAUAUUCCCUCCAGCGUGCACGUCUUCAUAAUUGGGACGUUUGUUGUGGUGGCAGCAUUUAUCCUCCUCUUCUCGAUCCGUUUGCGUAGAGCCAUCAGUCGACAGAAGUUGGAAAAGUCUCAGGGUGACGAUGCGCGACACGAGCAGUCGCGGGCUGGUCGACACACAGAGACUGAAGAGAGCCUGAUUCCGAACAGUCCAAUCAUGGUGCAGUACGAGGCGGAUGAAGAUGUAGAGAGAGCUUCACAAGACUCGACGGUCCAUGUUCGAUCUCCACCGCCAGCGUAUGGUAGGUGGAGAGGCAGCUAUCGUAUGGAUCCUGCUCUUUUGCAUUGGAGACGAGUAGGAGGUGCUGAGGACAGCGAGGAGCGCAGUAGUGUCGACACAGCGCCGCCGAUGUAUGCUUCACCAUUGAGGCCUACUCAGACUAGGCAGGACGGAGCGGUGGGAGUAGCUGAGAUGGUCGAAGUCGGUCGGACGUGCUAG